GCCGUCGACAGCCUAAUCCACAAGACAUAUGUUUCACAUGCGGAUGGCCAGGUCACUGGAGUAAAACCUGCAAUGUCCCCCCUUACAAGUACAAGCAACCAAGCCAGCUCAAGCCUUCACCAAGACCUACUGGGCAGCAGCAGUUCCCUUGGCCCUCCACAGCAGGGCAGUCUAACCCCAAGUAA